AAAAAAAAAAAAAAGCAUGUAUAUAUCCCCCCCCUCCUUCUCCCUCUUUUCUUUUUUUUUACCUUUUCUUUCUUUCUUUCUUUCCUUCCUUCUAUUAUUAAUAUCUCUUUUAUUUGAAUGCAACGUAGUUCAUUACAAAUUCGGUCAAUAUUACAAAAUACACGAUUAUUAUCAAAACCUUUUAUUACUCCUCCUCCUUUCUAUUAUAAAAGAAGUAUUGUAACAACAUCUAAGCAUGUAAAGACAGCAACACGUUUCCCAUUUAAAUCAAUUACAGUCGCUAGUAGUCUUCUCUUGACAUCUUCCUUUUAUUUUUAUUCUCAAGAAAGAAUAGCUGAAGCUGAACCAGUUGCUGCUAAUCAUUUUAAUACUACUACUACUAAUACAUCGCCUGCAUCAUUGACCUUGAUGGAAUUAAGAGAUAAAGAAAAUCGUAUUGCUGUUCAAGCAAAGGAUACAAAGGAUCUUGUGAUGGCCUUGUUUGUUUAUCGUCUCUGUGCCAUCUCAUGGCUUGUCGAUAUCGCCCCACAUUUGAUCUCUCUCUCUCAAAGGUUAGGUCUGGAAACACCGCUUUAUUGGUUUAUCAAACAUACCUUUUUCACUCAUUUUUGUGGUGGUGAAUCACCUGAGGAAUGUAUUUCAAGUAUGGAUAAAUUAGCUGAAUCAGGUAUUAAUUGUAUCUUGGAUUUAUCUGUUGAGGCAGAUUUAGAGCAGCAACAAGUACCUAUGAAGGUGAAUGAACAUUAUGCAGACAAGAUUACCAAAAUGAUAAAGACCUGUAUUCAAACUGCUGCUCACAGUGCUAAAGGAGAUGCCAUGGUGGCUAUCAAGGUCACCGCCUUUUCUCCUCCCGAAUUAUUAGUUCGUCUUAACCAAGCCCUUGCCACCUUAGAUCAAGCAUUUUUGAAACACCAACGGUACGGUCAAAUCGAUAUCCAAGGUCUUUAUCAAGUCAUUCACCAGGUUUUACCUCCUGCGAGAACAAAGGAGCAAGAAGAAAAGCGAGAUACCAUUUUAAAAUAUUAUUGUCAACAACAAGAAGAAGGAGAUGUUUAUUUAGAUUUAAUUGAAUUUAGAAAAUUCUUUAGUUUUCAGCAAGAGAAUAGAGAUGUUUGGUGGGAAACAAAUGAUAAAGAAGACCAUUCAAAUGUCUUAUUAACAGCUAAGGAUUUAGCUGCUUAUGAUCAUAUGAUGGCACAUCUUGAAGAAGUAUGUGGAUUAGCCCAUGAGCUGAAAGUAGGUGUCAUGGUAGAUGCUGAGCAAUCUUAUUUCCAAGAUGCCAUUGACCAUGUUGCUCAUCAACUUCAACGUAAAUUUAAUAAACGUCAUCCUCUAUCUCAACCACCCACAGUCUAUAAUACUUAUCAAAUGUAUACUAAAUCAUCUCAAGGAAGGCUUGAAUUAGAUGUAGAACUUGCAAAACGGGAAAACUUUACUUUUGCAGCCAAAUUAGUACGUGGUGCUUACAUGAUCUCAGAACGUAAACGAGCAGAAGAGAUGGAUUAUGAAUCCCCCAUUCAUGAGACAUUGGAAGAGACACAUGCCUCCUAUAACGGGGGUGUUCAAUUCCUUCUUCGUAAAAUAGGUGAAUAUCAAGAACAAAUAAAACAAUCCAUCAACUCCAAGGAGACUUCACCUAUUGUCUUUAUGGUAGCUAGCCAUAAUCGAGAUAGUGUCAUAUUGACAAUUGAAGAAAUGGAAAAAAAUAAUGUCUCUAUUCAAUCGGGUGUAGUGAUGUUUGGUCAAUUAUUUGGUAUGCAGGAUCAAUUAUCUUAUACAUUAGGUCAUCAUGGUUAUGCGAUUUACAAGUAUUUACCUUAUGGAAAGAUUCAUGAAGUCAUUCCUUAUUUACUUCGUCGUGCUCAAGAAAAUUCAUCGGUUCUUGGUGGUGUAGGUAUUGAACGUCAAUUGAUGUGGAAUGAAAUGAAGGAUAGGUUGACGGGUAAAAAAACUUCUGUUUCGCCUGAGGUUCCUCCUACCAUGGCUACUGGAAACACGACCCCAUCUGUCUAAUUAUUGUUAACUACCGUCAGCUUCCCUUUAAAUAUGCACACAUAUGUAUACACACACACAUAUAUAUAUAUACGUAUAUGUUUUAAUUUCUUGUAUUAUAGUCCCUUCUUUAUAUAUUUAUAAAAAUAAUAAUAUAACAAUCA